GGUCAGUUACCUUUUAAUUAAAAUAUGACCUUGAUCAUACAACGUAAUAUAAUCAGGGCUAGACUCAGAAGACAGUUUUGAAGACCCAAUUUAUCAAGAAGUUGAACAAUUAUUGUACAAGGUGGCAUUAUAGAACAAAACUUCACUGAUAAGGAUAAAGGUCGUGUGAAACAUGGAGCUCAAAAUUGUUUUUCUUGUGGCAGCAUGUCUUACUGUUGGUGUUUACGGUGUUCUGCGGAUGCCAAAAUAUUAUAGUAAUCAUAUGGUUCUACAGCGCGCACCUGCUCGCGCCAUCUUGUGGGGAUUUGCUGACGUCAUCGGAGAUACAGUCGUUGUUCUUAAAAAUGGUGUUCAAGUUGAAGAAACAACCGUUCAAAAAAGUUCCAGUAAUGGCACGAUUGGAAUAUGGAAACUAAAACUACCGGCUGAAAGAAAUGCUGGACCAUACGACAUUCAAGUGAAAUCUAGUGAGGGAAUUCUCUCAUUUGCUGACGUUAUGUUCGGAGAUGUUUGGAUGUGUUCGGGACAGAGUAACAUGCAGUUUAAAAUGAGGGAGGUGUACGACAGCGCACAUGAAAUCGACGAUUCUAUACAGUACAGAGAUAUUCGGAUGAUAUUUUCUGAUUUUGUAAAAUCGUCCGUUCCACUUGAUGAUGUGUCUAUAAGACAUCCAUGGGUAUAUCCUAUCAAAGGAAUCAUAGACGAGUUUUCUGCGCUUUGUUUUAUGUUCGCACGUGACCUUCAGAAACAUUUAAACUAUCCAAUAGGAAUAAUUGAGUCUAAUUGGGGCGGUACUCCAAUUGAGGUGUGGAGUUCCCCGGAUGCAAUCAACGCAUGUCCAACAACAGUUAAACCGAGUCCGAGCAUAUAUUGGCCAACAGAUCUAGGUGCGCUCUGGAAUUCUAUGAUGCAUCCUUAUCUAUCAAUGACAAUAAAAGGCGCCAUCUGGUAUCAGGGAGAAGCAAAUUCGGGACACCCUGACCUCUACGCAUGUCAGUUUCCCGCCAUGAUUAACGACUGGAGGAAAAAGUUCCAUGCUAACUCGGAUGGCGAGACAAGUGAACAUUUUCCGUUUGGUUUUGUGCAGCUCGCGCCAUUCCGUGCCGGAAACACAAUUGGGGGUUUCCCUCCAACAAGAUGGGCACAGACGACAGAUGUUGGAUAUGUGCCAAACAUUAAUAUGCCAGACACUUUUAUGGCUGUUGCAGUAGAUCUGCCAGAUUUUAAUUCACCGUCAGGAGCCAUUCAUCCUACAUAUAAACAAGACGUCGCAGCUCGUCUAGUUUUGGGAGCCAGGAACGUUGCCUAUGGCGAACGUAACGUUAUUUUUCAAGGCCCAUUUCCAACCGCUUACAACGUCGAUAACGGACUACAUAGCUUAACUAUAACCUUUGACAAUGGUACCGGAAGUUUACACAUGAACAACAACAACGGUUUCGAGGUUUGUUGCGCGAGCACAAUAUCCGGCUGCAGUAACCCCGCCUCUUGGGUCGCCGCUCCAAUUAAAGUGACAAUGACCUCGAAAGUUCAGAUUGACGCUUCUGGUUGCCAGGGAAACUAUCAUGUUGCUGGUGUAAGGUACCUGUGGAAGGAAAGUCCCUGCGCUCUAAAGCAAUGUGCGUUAUAUGACAGCCAUACACAGCUCCCUGUGCCACCAUUUGUAAAGACAGAAGUCUUCAAGUCUCAAGCAAGCAUUGUUGUGGGCUAAACUAUCUUCACUCUGUACAUUAUGAAUAUGACAAAU